UCCGUGCUCAUGAGCCCUUAGCUCGGAAACUAUACUCUGAAAAGCUUGAGCUUGAGCCUGAUGCCUUUGUUGAAAUGUUGGUGCUUGAUGGUUGUUUUAUACUUGAGCUUAUCACGAAGAUGGUAAAGAAUGAAGAAAUCUUUGAUGAGAACUGGAAAGUUGCCUCUCAUUAGGAGUGAUUUACUCCUGCUGGAAAAUCAAAUCCCCUUCUUCAUCCUUCAGGCCUUGUUUGACUCCACUGUCAUCCCGGGGAUCUCUUUAGAGAAUAAGGAUGAGAGGCCACUGAUAACUCUGCCUGAUCUAGUUUUCAUUUACAUCACCAAUGCAAGAAAGGACACCGCACCAAAUAUUGAAAUACAUCAUUUGCUUCAUCUGUUCCAUAUAUCUCUCAUGCCCAAUACUGGGCCAAAAGAACCAAAGCCAUUCUCUUACCUUGCUCUUUUACUCUAUCUUUUUAUGAUGUUUAAAAGAUUCAUCUCUUAUGUGUUCAUUGGCUUACUGUCACUGAUCCUCUGUUGCUUUCGGCGUUCAAGACCUCUGGCAGUAAAGAAGAAAAGCCAGAGGGCACCGAGAACAAUACCCAGUGUCACUGAGCUGCAAGAAGCGGGUAUCAUGUUCAAGAGAAGAGAGGAUGCUAUAUGUUACUUGGAUGUGAAGUUCGAAAACAGCAUUAUGGAGAUCCCCCAGCUCAGUAUACAAGCAACCACAAUAUCAGAGUUUCGCAACCUCAUAGCUUUUGAGCAAUGCUGCCCGGGUUCUGGAAGCCACUUCACUAGUUAUGCCAUUUUCAUGGACAACCUCAUUAACACUCAUAUUGACGUUGCUGUUCUCCAGGACUGUGGCAUUAUUGAGAGCAAACUGGGGAGUUACAAGGAUGUGGCAAUUUUCUUCAAUCAAUUAUGCAAGGGUGGGUACUUAGAGUAUGAAAAGCAUUAUCUAGUGCAAGUGUUUAAGGAUGUGAGAAAUUUCUGCUCAUCUGAUCGCCAUAGAUGGAGAGCAAUGCUGGUACAUGAUUAUUUCAGCAAUCCCUGGGCAAUUAUCUCUUUUAUAGCAGCAGUUGUGCUCCUUGGCCUCACAAUUGUUCAGACUGUAUUUUCCAUACUGGCAUAUGUUCACCCUCCUAAUUAAAUCUUUUAGUCUUGUCUGUUUGUGAUUUCUGUUAAAAAAUUUGCUUCUUCUACUUUUCAAUUCUUAUGA